GGCCGUUCGACCUCGUUAGUGGUUGACUUUUGUUUUUGGCGUGCCUCGGCAAAAAUUAGUCAGUGAGUUCUUCCCGUGUGUGUGUGCUUUUUUGUUGUUUACUCCGUUGUCAGCCCUGCUCGGGGCAUAAAAGGAUCAAAAAGACCGGUUCGUGGAGAAAGUGAGGUUAAGUCUCGCCUUAAAACACUUUGAUUGCCUUUAAUCAAGAUCAUUGCCACUGGCUUUUGGCGUGUGUGGCUGCCAAACAGUGCGUAAAGCAAACCGAGAUUGAAGAAGUGCGUGUGUGUGUGUGUGAAGAACAAUGGUGAGAGUAUCUGCUGGGAACAGAUAAUAAAACGCACCGAUCCUCGCUACUAUAGAUCAGCUAUAUCAGCAGGGCCGUCGCUCUUGAGUGGCACCGAACGAACUGUCAAGUGGUCACGGCAAGUCGUCAAUGAUAAGCGUACCAGCGGACAGUGUGGCAGUCACCAGUCUAUCUUCCGCUGUAGCACAUCGUGUUGUUGUGUCCGGGGGUGGGAUACCUAAUCUGCAGCUGCAGUUGGAGAAACGAUGCGUGUAUAAUUGUUGGCCUAUUGCAAGCAUUGUGUAAAACGGGUCAAGGGCAGAAAGUAGCAGUAGCAGUCCACAACACUCAAACGCACCAUGCUGGACGCACUCAAAUUCUUCCUGUUCGUCAUCCUGCUGCUGGUGACGAUCAUGCUCAAUCAACACGUCACUUCCAAACGUUCCGCCGAGAUAGAUCUCGAGCUGCUGUGGCAGAUACAGGAUACGAAGGGAGUGUACAUCGUACCGAACCAAACGGUACCGUCUGGCGUGUAUACGGCGCUGGAGCAGAGCAUGGUGAUCGGUUCGCUGCUCGAGGAGUACAACGAUGUGAACACGAGCUGGGUAGGCGAAACGGACUGGAUCUACCGGACCAACCUUUCUUGUCUGAGGGAGGAGUACGACUACGUGGUGCUAACGUUUCACGGUGUAGAUACGUUCGCCAGUGUGUACCUUGGCGAGACACACCUCGGCACUACCGAGAACAUGUUCGUGCGGUACCGGUACGACGUGAAGGAUCUGUGUGAUGGCGAUACGCGAGAGUUACGGCUACAGUUCCGUUCGUCGGUGGUGGAGGCACGCGAACGCGCCAAAGACCGUGCACUGCCGGUCGUACCGAUGUGCCCACCGGACCUGUACCACGGCCAGUGUCACGUCAAUCUGAUCCGCAAAAUGCAGGCCAGCUUCGCUUGGGACUGGGGUUUGGCGGCACCGUCGAUGGGUAUCUGGAAGCCGGUUCGACUGGAGUACUACAGCUCAGCACUGAUCCGCGACCUUACGGUAGCGAUUGCCGAAACGGUGGUGGGCACCGAUCAGCGAUGGAUGGUGGACGUGGGUGUGUAUCUCGAGACAGGGCUCAGCAGCGUUCCCCUCAACGGGCUGCUAACGUUCAAGAUCAUUGGUGUACCGCUGGCAGAUGAAGCCGAUCAAACGCUACCGGUUAAGGACCGCACGGAUGCGAACGGGGAGCUGCUGGUGAAGCAUCGGUUAACCGUGCGCAAGGACGCGGUGGAACGCUGGUGGCCAAACGGGUUCGGCAAACAGGCACUCUACAGCCUGUACGUACGGUGGGAGGAUGUGGCCGUGAACGGUGUUAAGCUGCCGAACCCGGACACAAAGAUUUCGGAAAAGGUGAUCCGAAUCGGGUUCCGCACGGUGGAACUGGUGCAGGAUCCGGCGACGGACGGGUUGACGUUCUACUUCCGUGUGAACGAUGUUCCGAUCUUUGCCAAGGGCUCGAACUGGAUACCGUCCUCGGUGCUGCCGGAGCGCUCGUACGACGCAAACUACGUGAAGUUCCUGCUGUACGCUGCACGGGAUGCACACAUGAAUAUGCUGCGUGUGUGGGGUGGCGGAUUCUACGAGAGUGACCACUUCUACCGGCUGGCGGACGAGCUCGGUUUGCUUAUCUGGCACGAUCUCAUGUUCGCCUGCUCGAUGUACCCGACCGAUGCAGACUUCCUGCGCACGGUGCAGGACGAGGUGGCGCAGAACGUGCGCCGCAUCCAGCACCAUCCGAGCAUUGCCGUGUGGGCCACCAACAACGAGAACGAGGUGGCACUGCGCCAGAACUGGUACAAAACGGAGAGCAAUUUUAGCGCAUACGCCGCCCAGUACGUCGAGCUGUACGUGGAUACGGUGCAGCCGACAGUGUUGGCGAACGAUCCCUGGCGUACGGUGCUGCUAUCCUCACCGUCCAAUGGUGAUCACCGUACCGAGGACGGGUACAUCGCCAACAAUCCGCAAGAUCCUCAUUACGGAGAUGUGCACUACUACAACUACUUCCUGGAUGGCUGGAAUGCGGCACAGUAUCGUGGUGGCCGGUUCGUGUCCGAGUACGGCUUUCAAUCGUUUCCCGCCUUCACCAGCUGGCCGGAAGCGCGCAGCUACGGUCAGUCGGAGCUGUCACAGCUGAUUAACCAUCGCCAGCACAGCCCGCUCGGCAACGAACCGAUACUCGCGAUGAUACGGUACAAUCUUCCGCUGCCAACCGAUCCGUCCAACGGCGACUACUGGCCCGAACUGAUCUACCUCAGCCAGCUGUCCCAGGCGAUGAUCGUCAAGACGGAAACGGAGGUGUACCGGGCACACCGGAUCGAGCACGGCACGAUGGGCGCCCUCUACUGGCAGCUGAACGACGUCUGGAUUGCACCGUCCUGGUCGUCGAUCGAGUACGGCGGCACGUUCAAGCUGCUGCACGUCUGGCUGCGCACCAUCUUCGCACCCGAGCACCUGAUCGCGUUCAUCAACGAACGGCGCCAGCUGGAGGUGGUCGCGGUGCGUGAUACACUCGCACCAGCGGAAGAGCUGUGGGAGGUGGAGAUGCGCAUCCACCGGUACGGUAGCUUCCGUCCGGUCGAUCGCCAUUUCGAAACCGUCCCGGUGCCGGCCAACUCGGUCAAGCUCGUGCCGCGGUGGGAUGUGUACGGGCGGCUCGCUCAGCUUGGGCUUCAUCCCGCCGACCAUCUGCUGCUACUGACCGCCUACCGCAACACGUCGACGCAUCAGCCACCCGACGCCCGGCAACCGGUCGCCGAAAACUUUGUCCUGCUGGACAAGCUGAAGAACAUCCGGCCGGACCAGCGGGUUAAGCCGGCGGUCGUCAUCGAUGUCGUGUCGGCGGUUUGCAACAGUCAGAACAAUCUCACCACCGUCAGCUUGAAGGUGUCGGUCAGCGUGCCUGCCCUCUUCGUAUAUCUGCAGCUUACGCCCGAAAACAGCACACUCAAGCAGUGCCAGUUUUCGCACAAUGGCUUUCUACAGUUUCAGGCGGUGCGCACGGUAACGCUGACGUGCGUCAAUCCGGGCUGUCGCAACACGAUCCAAGCGCGAGACAUUACCGUGCGUACGGUUAAUGAUCUGCUGGUGCGCUAAACCCACCAACGCAUGAGCGAACAGUCGACACAUACACACACGCGCCGUCGUUUUUAAAAAAGAAACCAAUUAUUAUAAUUAUAUUUCUAUAUAUUAGCUACAUCUACAACCAACAAAGUUUAUAGUUAAUUA